CGCACCCGCUCUCUCAAUACCUUCCAUCUUCAACAACAUCUCUUAACCCUUAACCCUCAAAUGAGCCCCAUCAAUCACCACCACCAACAUUUCUCCAAAUCCACCACCUCCUCCCCCGUCACAACCACCACUUCCACCACCACCACCCAAGCCUGCGCCGCCUGUAAGUACCAACGCCGUAAGUGCGCUCCCGAUUGUAUUCUCGCCCCUUAUUUCCCUCACGAUCGCCAACGUCAAUUCUUAAACGCUCAUAAACUCUUCGGCGUUAGCAAUAUUACUAAAAUUAUCAAAAAUCUCGAUCCCUUUGAGAAGGAAGAAGCAAUGCGUACCAUUAUUUUUCAAUCCGAUGUUCGAUCUAUUGAUCCUGUUGGUGGAUGUUAUCGGAUUAUUCGGGACCUUCAACGCCAAAUUGAAUAUAGCAAAGCGGAGCUUGAGAUCGUGCUUCAUCAAUUGGCGAUUUGUAAGCAGCAGGCCGCUGCUGCUGCGGCUGCUGCGGCUGCCGCGGCCAUUCUGGAGGCCGAUCCGAUGAGUGGAUACGGCGGAAUUGAGCAUCAAUUUGUGGAAGGAUAUGAAGGGGAAGGGUUUGUGGUUGGGGAAAAUGAGAAUGGAGAGAGUUUGGAAGAUCAGGAUGUGGAGGUUUGGGGAAUUCAAGAUUCCUGUUCUUCCUUGCAAUUGAAACAAGCCGGCUCUGUUCAUGAUUUUCAUGAUAUCAAGAUCGAUUCUAAUAAUCAUCAUCAUCAACAUCAAGAACUUCUUAAAUUUCAACACGAUCAUCAUCACGAUCUGGUUCAUCAGAGCGAAGAACCUAUGCUGAAGAUGGACAAUGUGAUAUUGAAAGAAGAUUCUGACCCAAUACAACAGGCUCAAGAUCAAGAACUUAAAGGUGCAGUAGUAGACACUUUAUUUACCUUCCCAACUUGUGAUACUUAGCUUCAAGCCAGCCCUUUCUCCUUUUCCACUAUAGUAGUUUUCUUUAAUUAUUUAGUCCAUUAAUGCCUUUGAAGAAGACAAUGUGUA